GGAAAAGGCAGGAAUUUAAUAUAUUUUAAUGUAUUUAGAGUGAUAAAUGUACUACACAAAAGUUUGAAUUGCGAUGCUAAAGUUGGUCAAUAUACGUAAGGCUUGCGUGGUGCGCUUCAAAGAGAGCUACGCCACAUGGUCUAAAGCAAAAGCCAUGAAAGAAAAGAAAAAGAAAGAAGAAACGCCAGGCGGAGUUUCUGAAAUGAAUCCAUGGCCAGAGUACAUACAGAAGAGGUUAGAUCUGUGGGACAAAUUUAAAGCUGAAUAUGAACAGGAUCUUGCUUCAAAGCCGGAUAUGAGUGUUGUGGUUACUCUACCUGAUGGUAAAACUGUGGAAGCAAAGGCUUGGAAGACAACACCUUAUGAUGUAGCUAAAGGGAUCAGCGAGUUUUGGAAUAAAUACCAAGGACUAGCAGAUUCUACAAUAAUAGCCAGAGUGAAUGGUGUAUUAUGGGACUUAGAUAGACCUCUAGAAGGUGACUGCAAAUUGGAGCUCCUUAGAUGGGACAACACUGAUGCUCAGGCUGUCUUUUGGCAUUCAUCAGCACAUAUGCUUGGUGAAGCCAUGGAAAGGAUAUAUGGAGGUUGCCUAUGCUAUGGGCCACCAAUUGAAGAAGGAUUUUAUUAUGAUAUGUUCUAUCCAGAGAAAGGGAUAUCCUCUACUGACUACCCAUGUGUAGAAGGCCUCGUAAAAAAGAUAGCAAAAGAAAAGCAGCCUUUUGAGCGAUUAGAACUAACAAAGGAUCAAUUACUAGAGAUGUUUGACUACAAUCCUUUCAAAGUUAGAAUUUUAAAAGAAAAAGUGAAUACACCAAAAACUACUGUGUACAGAUGUGGCCCACUUAUUGAUUUGUGCAGAGGACCUCAUGUUCGACACACUGGAAAAGUUAAAGCCUUUAAAGUUACUAAGAACUCAGCAACCUACUGGGAGGGUAAAUCAGAGGCAGAAUCACUUCAGCGAAUGUAUGGAGUUUCCUUCCCAGAGCCAAAACAGCUUAAGGAAUGGGAAGUUAUACAGGAGGAAGCUGCUAAGAGGGAUCACCGUAAAAUUGGCAGGGAACAAGAAUUGUACUUCUUCCAUGAGCUGUCUCCAGGCUCCUGUUUCUUCCAGCCCCGUGGAGCUCACAUUUAUAACAUAUUGGUUAACUUUAUAAGAGAACAAUAUAGGGUUCGCGGUUUCCAAGAAGUGGUAACCCCGAAUAUGUACAAUGCCAAAUUGUGGCAGACUUCCGGUCAUUGGGCCCAUUACGCCGAGAACAUGUUUUCAUUUGAUGUUGAAAAGGAAACAUUUGCGUUGAAACCCAUGAACUGUCCAGGACAUUGUCUUAUUUUCGACAACCGAGUCCGUUCCUGGCGUGAACUUCCAUUGCGGCUCGCAGACUUCGGCGUGCUUCACAGGAAUGAGCUCAGUGGCGCCCUCACGGGGCUAACUCGAGUCAGACGUUUCCAACAAGACGAUGCUCAUAUAUUCUGUACUUCACAGCAUAUCGAACAGGAGAUGAUGGGAUGUCUAAACUUCUUGGAGCAUGUUUACACUAACUUUGGUUUUACAUUCCAAUUGAAGCUAUCAACUAGACCUGAGAAGUAUUUGGGAGAUCUUGAGGCCUGGAAUCAAGCUGAAAAGGCUCUAGAAGAUUCUUUGAACAAAUUUGGCAAGCCAUGGCAAUUAAACCCAGGAGAUGGCGCGUUUUAUGGUCCCAAAAUUGAUAUAACAAUACAAGAUGCACUAAGACGGUCACACCAAUGUGCUACCAUACAACUUGACUUCCAACUACCGGAGAGAUUCAACUUGACAUAUGUCAGUGAAACUGGUGAAAAGAAGCGACCGGUGAUAAUCCAUCGAGCCAUUCUCGGCUCUGUGGAGAGAAUGAUAGCGAUCCUGAGCGAGUCGUACGCGGGCAAGUGGCCCUUCUGGCUCAGUCCUAGACAAGUGUGUGUCGUGCCGAUCGGUCCUGUGUACGAUGAUUAUGCGAUACAGGUGAAAGACAAAUUAUUUGCAGCUGGAUUUAUGUCUGAAGCAGAUAUUGAUCACGGUGAUACACUCAACAAGAAAGUGAGGAAUGCACAGUUGGCCCAGUUUAACUAUAUAUUGGUGGUGGGUGAACGCGAAAAGUCGUCUGGUACGGUUAACGUGCGCACACGUGACAAUAAAGUGCACGGAGAAAUGUCUGUGGAAGACCUUAUCCAACACUUCAACAAACUUGUGGAGGACAAAACGCUGUCUGAAGAUACUCAGCCAUUAAAAUAAUUUUUAUUUCGAAUUCCUAUGUUUAGGCUCUUCUCUUCUAUCCGCCAUGUUUUUAGGUGUUAAUUAAGAUUCUAUUUAUAAAGUUCAUUGUUUAAAUGGUAACUAUGGUAAGUCCAUGUUUUGUAAUAAGUUUGACGGAAUAAUCUUGGCCUAUAAGAUAUUACAGAUUAUGUAGACGUAAACUUAAUUUUAUUUAUCAGUAAUAAUAAUACUUCUACCAUAAUAUCUGUUUUUUCUUAAUUUAAGCAUACAUGGCACCCUAUAAUUAAAAGAUAUUUUUAUGCGAUAAUUGUUCAAUUUGUAUAUUUGUUUUGGAAAAAAAAUUCUCACUUAAUUUAACACCAUUUAAACUAAGGCAUUAAUUUUAUUUAUUUUUCACUUGCAUUUAAGUAUUUACUUAAUUUGAACUUAUGUUGAAAAGGAAAAUAAAAGUUUUUAUUGGUAAA